UGCCGGAUUCAAGUUAAUAAUCCGUGUUCGGCGGCAACUUGGCCUACUGGUUACCAUUGGGAACGGAUGAUGUGUUGUGCCAAUGAUCCGACUUUCGCUUUACGACUGGUACCUACAUAUUAUUUAAACACACAUCCUCGUUCAUUCACACUGAUACAUCUCCCCCAUGGGUACUGUGGACAAUACUUUUGGAGCGUUAUUGAUCGGGGUUGUGGUCUCUGCCACGCUUUACGGAGUUACGUGUGUGCAGACAUGGUACUACUUUACCCAUUUCUCGGAUCCUUGGUACAACAAGCUUUUAGUCGGCGCUAUGUUUCUAUCAGAUUCAAUCCAUCAAAUUCUGGUUACACACGCCAUGUACACGUACCUUGUCACUGACUUUGGUAGCGUUAGUGAGAUAUUUGUGUGGAGUUUAUGUGUUGAAGUUUUAUUCAAUGGCUUCACGGGGUUUAUGGUUCAAAGUUUCCUCACCAUGCGUGUCUACCGACUAAGCAACAAGAACGUGAUUGCAACCGCGUCAGUGUUGUCCCUUGUCAUCGCUGAAUUUAUCCUUGUUAUCACAUAUUUUGCAAAAGCUGUCACGUACACGACCUUCAAUCAACUUCCCCAGAUCAAGCCAUUGUCAAUGUCUGUGAACGCUGUAGCAGCUGCCGGAGAUAUCCUCAUCACCAUCUUCCUCUGCAUCUUCCUCCAACAGUCUCGCACUGGUUUCCGUCGGUCAGACACCUUGAUCAAUAAGUUGAUGCUGUUCAGCAUCAACACCGGUCUACUCACCACUGUUUGCGCGGUCAUGUCCCUAAUCUCUAUUACAGUGUGGCCUGAUAGCUUCAUUUACAUCGCAUUCUAUUUCUGCAUGGGCCGUUUUUACUGCAACUCCUUGCUGGCAACCCUCAACGCACGCAAGGGUAUCCGCCACGAUUCUUGUGAAGAGCAUAUGUCACUCUCGCUUCAGGGAGUUAGGAGACCUAUCAAUAGUCCCAUCGGGUCAUCGCGAAUUGGGAUGCCGAACGACAUUUCAAUUAAGAUAGAUACCGCGCAAGAAUACAUUGAAGACGAGUUUCUAUCCGCAAAGGACCUUAAAAGUUCUCAGUCAGUUUAAUUGCUAUGCGGAUGAGAAUCACAAGAUGUACCUAUCUCACUAGCUCUUACUCCUAGAAGAGUAAACACGCUGUGCUUUUUGACAGUGUGCAGAUUCUUUUUGGUGGUAUAUUCUUCACAUAGACUUAGUAGUUCUUUCAGUCCAAUCCAUCCAAAGCAACUCAACACACCCAGCAGUCUUCACUUAUCCAUUUAAUAGUCAUCAUGCUCUCACAGAAUAUAUUUCAUUCCAACAGAG